CCGCCGCAUGAGCUAACCCUUAGCGGUCAUCUCCUAUGUAACCCUCUCUCUUCUGAAGCAUUAACUAACCUGGGCAGGGCAGGGACCCAACAUUCAUACCAACAUUGAUUUUCCGUAUUUCAAUCCACUCACUUUAUCUAACCCUGUUCCUGUUGUGUUGUCAUAUCUUUCAUUCCAUCGUUUGCCACCUCGUACUCUUCGAAGUUGCAGCAUGUUCUUUCCUUCUACACCUUUGUAACACAUAAGUUUGUAUUGAGUAUUGACCUUCAUGUUCUUUCCCUCAUUCUGAGAUAACCCCAAUAAAUAUUCCCCAGGAAAACAAAAUUCUCUUGUAUUGACCUUUUUGAUGGGAAGGAUUGGACUGUUUGAUCUUGAAAAACAUUUUGCUUUUUAUGGAGCUUACCACAGCAACCCAGUUAACAUAGCAAUCCAUGUGUUGUUCGUUUGGCCUAUCUUUUUCUCAGCUCUUCUUAUUCUAUACUUCAUCCCUCCCUUCUUCAACCUUCCAAAUUUGGAGUUUUUCCUCUGGGGGAACCAUGUGAUUUUGGUGUGGAAUGUUGGGUUCUUGGUUGCUUUAAUUUACGCAGUUUUCUAUGCUGCUUUGGAUCUCAAAGCUGGUUCAUUGGCUGCUUUGCUUUGUGCUGCUUGUUGGGUUGGUAGCAGUUUUGUUGCAAGCCAACUUGGGUUACCUCUUGCUUGGAAGGUUGUUCUGGUGAUUCAGAUAGUGUGUUGGAUAGGGCAGUUCAUUGGUCAUGGAGUAUUUGAGAAACGAGCACCUGCUCUUUUGGAUAACCUCAUUCAGGCCUUUGUAAUGGCUCCUUUCUUUGUAUUGCUGGAGGCUCUCCAAACUUUAUUUGGUUAUGAGCCAUAUCCAGGAUUUCAUUCAAUAGUGCAAGCAGAAAUUGAAGCUAAUAUCAAUGAGUGGCAGGAAAGUAAGCAGAAACUAAUUUCAUAGCUUCUGCUUGGGCUGUUGUGUAUCUUUAUUCGUUGGACGUAAAAUGAUCUCCCAUGAACAUGGUCAUAAAAAGCUACAAAUGAUCAUGUGUGUAUCUACAUUUGUAUAUAUGUUUUUGAGGAUAAUCUUGAUUUUAUGCUAAUUCAUGCUUUCUGAUAGGAGCACCAGCGUGGUCUGUUAUUUGCUCUUUGUUGAUGUAGUUAGGGUGCCCUUUGAUCCAUGAGGUCUUUCCAAUUACUUAUUUCUAUAUUGGCUUCCCUGA